GCCAGACGUACCAUAGCUGUGUAAAAAAAGGACCUGGAGUCAUUGGUUCUUUUGUCCGGAAGUGGCCGAGACAGUUUUGUUUUGAGUUUUGGCUCCGAGGAAGAACGAGGCUUUUAAGAAGUUUUGGUCUUGGAAAAAGAAGUGAUCGAGUAUUUUGAGUUGGUAUAGAGAAUUUGUUAAAUGGAACUUGUGUGCUAAUUAUAACAAGAGAUAAAGAGGUAUAAGGUGUUUCACUGUGCCAAGCUAGACGAAGGAUAAUCAUGAAUGGUGAUUUGUUUCGAGAUACGUUGUCCCUAAUGCAGGGCACGAGCCAGACCAUAGGCUACCGUGUUCGCCUCCGUAUGCAACACAUUCUCAAAGACGUAGCCGAGCUGGCUUACGAACGACCUCAAUUUUUUGCAGAUGUUCCUCCUCCACCGUUAUUGGUUGGCAAAGAUGGGCCACCUCCGAUGCCACCCAUGCCCCCUGGGCCUCCACCGUGUACAAAUAUGCCCAGCCCUGCUCCCUCAACCAGCCAAGGACCACCAAAUAUGGCCAUGGGUGGGAUGAUGGCACCUCCGCCGCCACCAGGCACCGCAGGCCCUCCUGGACCUCCUCCUCCACCACCAGGAGGCCCCGUCAUGCCUGCUGACUAUCCAAAUGGAGGGAUGAUGGGUCCAGGCCCUAUGGGUAUGGGUCCAGGCCCUAUGGGACCAGGAAUGGGGCCAGGUAUGAUGGGACCCAUGCAAGUAACAGUGAACCCAGCGACUAAUGAUGCACCCUUGGAAUUUAACACCAACAAAAACAAACCACCCAUGCCUGUGGCUGCCAAUAAUGGUGAAAUUGUGGAUAAUAUCCAGGAACCCAUCAUAGUGGAGGAACGAAGAGAGAGGGACAGAGAGAGAGACCGUGACCGAGAAAGAGACCAUGGGAGAGACAGAGACAGAGACCGUGAGCGCUCUCGUGGCAGAGACAGAGAUAGAGACAGGGACCGUGAACGUGACAGGGAUGGUGAGAGAGACCGUGAUCGGGAUCGGGAAAGACAAGAUCGAGACAGAGAUCGUGACCGUCGGCGUGAUCGGCCUCGGAAAGAUGGUGGUGGAAGUGGGCGCAACAGUGUUGACAAUAUGCCGCCUGGCAAUGGUAAUGCACAAGUACCACCCAUGGAUGGCAACCAGGCGGGCUUUGGGCCUAUGGGUCCAGGACCGGGGCCUUGGGGACCAAUGUGGGGUCCUGCUGGAGGACCCAUGGGCCCAUUAGGACCUAUGGGACCAAUGGGAGGGCCAAUGGGUCCUAUGGGACCAAUGGGAGGGCCAAUGGGUCCCAUGGGACCAAUGGGGCCAAUGGGACCACCUGGCGAAGGUCCACCAAUGUAUUUUGCCAGUGAUUCCAUGUGCUUGGAUUUUAUGGGCAAGAAUUUUGAUGAGACCCUUGGAGAAGCCGAUGUACAGGACAUCGACCAGAAUUCAUUGAGUGGUGACUUCCGCAUUACAUGGGGGAUGUUUGGCUGGAUGAUGUCUCCCGAGGGCCUCACAGUACCCAUGAAGAACCCUUUACACUGUAAAACCUGUGUGCUGGUCCCGCCCAAUCGCCUCGCCCCGCCACCCACCACCCGAGAACGACCUCUAGGGUGCAGAACUAUUUUUGUCGGUGGUCUUCCAGAGAACGUUACAGAGGAGAUUGUCCGCGACGUCUUCGAGCGCUGCGGAGAGAUCACGACGAUACGCCUGAGCAAAAAGAAUUUCUGCCACAUAAGAUAUGAGCUCGAAGAGUUUGUUGACAACGCCAUCUUUCUGUCAGGGUACAGAAUGCGCAUUAAUAAUAGCACAGAGGCGGCAAACACUGGACGACUACACGUUGACUAUGCCCAGGCCAGGGAUGAUCAGUAUGAAUGGGAAUGCAGACAGAGACAAUUGCAGCGAGAACAACGCCAUCGCGAGCGCAUUGAAGCCGAAAGAUUGCGUCCUCCGUCCCCGCCCCCAGUGGUCCACUUCUCGGAGCACGAAGCCACUCUUAUUGCUGAGCAGUUGAAGGGAGAUGAAAGCUUUUCAAAGGCAGCUCAAAUUCUCAUCACUUGGUUGGAGCGAGGCGACUGCAGCAAACGCAAUGCUGGCACUUUCUAUGGCAUGAUUCAAUCGACCAACUCCCACGUACGGCGACUGAUGACCGAGAAGGGCCAGUAUGAAGAGGAGUUGGCCAAGUUCCGAGAACAGACAAGAGCACGCAUGCAAGGCGUCUUUAUGCAGUUCGGUCAGAUCGAGCGUGUCUUCCUGUCAGCCGGUCACCAGAAGGUCUGGGACCACUUCACCAAGGCCCAGAGGCGCAACAUUGAUAUGUGGAAGAAGCAGGCUGAGGAGAUCAAGGAGAUCCAGCUGGAUGAAUCGGAUAAGGAAGAUGCGGAAGAAAUGGAUGUCUCGGAUGAAGAAGAUUCGGGACAGCCUGCCAGGAAGAAGAUGCGACAGAAUGAAUACCUCAAGGAAGAAAAUGACAGUUUAAGGUGCCAGAUGGAGGCAUAUAAAAACGAGGUUGAUCUCAUCAAAGCAGAUCUGAAGGCUGAAGUGUCAGUGAGGGAUGACCAAAUUGAAGCAUUUAAGAAAACGUUGCAAGGAAUGCAGCAGACGCUCUCUGAAAAUGCGGUCCGCAAGCGCCAAGAUGAUGCCAAAAUGGCCGAGCUACAGGGAAAGUUGAAGAAGCUGAGAGAACAGGUUGGAGGAAAUGGGGAGGGAGAGGAAGAUAACAAGGACGAAACGGAGGACUUGCUCACUCUUACAACGGCUCCUCUCACCGAUAAGACGGCUCAGCUUAACCCUUUAACUGCGUUGUUAAAAUCUAACUUCACUAAAUACAAGCAAAUUCACCAAGAUUGUAAAGACCAAUGA